AUUGCUGCAAUGAUUAACACACUUCCACAUAUAUAAUCUACCUUAACUUCUUCGCUACGCUAAACUAUUUCCAAUCUAUAAAUACAAGCACAUCCAUAGUGCUAUUGCCUAUAAGUACAUCCUCCUCAAUACCAAUUAUUCAUCACCUCAUCUACAUCUUAUAAUCCUUCUUUUUAAAUACUCGUCUUUAAAAACAAAAAUUGUGAAACAUGCAUAAUCCACUUUUUCUUGUGCUUACUGUAAUAUUCUCCAGCCUGGUGGUUCAGCCAGUAAUGGGAGCAAAGGGUUUCAGUGUGGAGCUUAUUCAUCGUGAUUCGCCAAUAUCUCCUUUCUAUAAUGCUUCUCUCACCUCAUCACAGAUCCUAAGAAAAAAUGCCCUCCAUUCCCUGGACCGUCUCAGACACUUCCAAUCCAUGAUUGAUCAAAGCGCCAUCCAAUCUGCAGUGACUCCAAAUGGGGGUAUUUAUCUGAUGAAACUCUCCUUUGGAACCCCGCCAGUUGACUACAUGGCCGUUGCAGACACUGGAAGCGACCUUAUAUGGAUACAAUGUGUUCCAUGUCUUCAACCUCAAUGUUAUCCACAAGGUUCUCCUCCUUUCGAUCCUCAAGCAUCUUCCACCUACAAAAAGAUUCCUUGCGAUUCCGAUAGUUGCCAAGCUCUUCCCCGGUAUCAGUGCUCCAACGACGUUAAUGACUGUCAAUACUCGUAUAGCUAUGGAGACAAGUCAUUUACGAAAGGAAUCCUCAGCACCGAUACCUUGACUUUUGACGACUCCAAUGGUCAAAAAACAGCUUUCCCAACAUCCAUUUUCGGUUGUGGGCACAACAAUCAAGGUAAAUUCAGAAGCCCAAGUUCUGGUCUUGUUGGCCUGGGAGGAGGGCCAUUGUCACUUGUUUCUCAAAUAAGCACUCAAAUUGAUAACAGAUUUUCCUACUGCUUGGUUCCUCGCUCUGCGAGUUCCAGUAGUAAACUGUUGUUCGGCCAAGAAGCAAUAAUUUCUCGUCCUGGGGCUGUUUCCACUCCAUUGGUAACCAAAACCCCUCAAACCUUCUACUACCUUAGUCUUGAAGGUGUUAGCAUUGGAGACAAGACCGCACAGGCAGGUUCGAGCCAAGGGAAUAUCAUAAUCGAUUCUGGAACAACACUCACAUACCUAGAAUCGAGUUUUUAUAGCAGCUUAGAGACUAUAGUGAAAGACGCCAUUGGAGUAGAUCCAGUGAAAGAUCCUUCAGGAACAUUUAGCUUGUGUUAUGGGGCAAAGACUAAUAUCAACGUCCCGGAAAUGGUGUUCCAUUUCAGUGGUGCUGACCUUCGCUUGCAACCUGAAAACACAUUUCGGAACAAUGAUGGCUUGCUUUGUAUGCUGAUAGUCCCAAGUGACUCCUUAUCUAUAUUUGGAAACUAUGCACAAAUGAAUUUCCAGGUGGAGUAUGAUCUUCGGAAGAGAACUGUCUCCUUUGCUCCCACAGUUUGUACCAAACAAUAAAUUUGUUAGCUUCCAAUUGCAUGCGGCCAUGGACACUACAUAACAAUCCCAGCGUCGCUGCUAGCUUUUUAAAUUCCUCACUAACUUUUAUAGUUUUCUAGCUUAAUUGUAAGAUCCAUGUUAGUCCACCGGUGACAUGAAAACUACUUGCAAGAUGCAUAUUGUGGUUAAUUAGCACUAAAAAUAAAAAUUUAUGACUGCUCCAAA